AUGAGUUUCUGCACCUACUAUGCCACCAUUUUCGUGCAGUGGCACCUCCUGGUCCUGAAGCUCCGCGCGCUGGGGCGGCCCCGCCUCGCCGCGGCGGCGCGGGCGGCCCUCUGGGGGGGCGUGGCCAGCGCGACGGUCUUCUGCCUCAUCUGCCUCAUCGCAUGCCUCAUCACACUCACAGGCCCCAGCAUACUGGGUCAUCUCGAUCUUUAUGUUGGGGAUACGUUUUUACUUAUUCUGAUGUUCAUGUCUACGUUCUACGCCUGCCAUGUCGCGGGGUUGUGCUGCGCGGCGUGGGGGCUCCUGGCCGGCGCGUGGCAGGGCUGGCGCUCCCGGCGCGCGGGGGCGGCCCAGGCGGCCUGGUGGGUGGGCGCCACGGGCGUCGUGGUCUUGCUGUCCCUGUCCGCCUCGUGGGCGCAGUUGGGCACGUUGCCGAGUAUUUACCAUGGCAAUGAAGGCAACGAACAGAUCUGGUCCGCCACGCUGGCGGGCGACAACGUCCUCAACAGUCUCUGCGCUGUGUUCCUCUCUGGGCUGGAGGGCCCCCCCUGGGUGCGGCGGCUGGCGCAAGUCGGCAGCAUGGGCUUCCCGCGAGCCAGAGGAGAGGACCUUGUCGAGAACACAUUCGUUCUGUCGCACCCCUGGCUGUCGAAGAGUCACCCUGACCCCAAAGGGACGAAGCUGCAAGUUCUGGUGCAGCAGCUGAACGUGUUGCACGCGUCCGACGACGAUGCAGUCUUCAUCGACUAUAUGGGGCUCCCUCAGAAUGACAAAAUGCACCCCGACUACGAUCUGUGGGAGAAGGAGAACAAGGUGCCCAAACCUGGAGAGCACCCUGCCGCCCGCACGAAGGAGGAAGAGGCCUUGUUCAAGAAGGCUCUAGGAUCGAUGGACUUGAAUUACAGUAUGGGUAACACUCCAGUGAUCGUCCUGCCCAUGGACGACGAGGUCGUUGCUGGUACAGAGUAUUUCUCGCGGGGCUGGUGCUUCUUCGAGUUUUCUCUCGCAUUCAGCUUCGACAACAUUACGAACGCUUACAUCUGCCCCUCCGUGUGGCGGAUGUACGAGCUAGAAGUUGACGCAGUCGAGGGCUUCAGAAAGGGUUUCGAAAAGACCCACUUCACGAACAAGGGCGACGAGGACACUGUGUUCAACCUGUUCAAGCAGACUGUGAACAAGAAGGUGAGGGUUGCAGCUCUGGGCGCUGAUUGGCAAGCUUAG